AUGGUGGACCAGAAAAAGUAUCAAAAACUUGAACUUAGCAUCGGCAGACUCCAGCAGCAGGUUGGGACAAAUGUGGCCGUGGACUUGUACCUGUCUGUCCUGCUGCUCUUAACUGUCCUGUCCCUCAUCCUUGCCUCUGUUUUUGUGAGGCUGCGGGGAGCCGAUGGGGAGCGGCCCCGGGAGCCAGCGGCUGCCAAAGUGGCCUGGGAGAGCGGCCCCGAGCACCAAGUUUUGUUGGGUGUGGGGCCGAAGGCCGGGAGGGAGUGGCUGCUGGUGGAAGAGGUUGGAGCAGUUGAGGAGGUGAAGGAGGUGGCUGCCAAGCAGCGGGAGGAGGAGGCAGAGGAGCCAAGCCCCGUGGCCGAGGCCAGCCCUGUGGUGUCAGAGAGCGUCCCCCAGCAGCUGCCCACCAAGCCCCAAGAACCCAAGCCCCAGGAAGAUGUGGAGAGCAAGAUACGACCUUUAGAAGCCUCAUCUGGGUCCAGCCUUGGGCAUCCAGGACAAGUGGAGGAUGCAGGAGACUGCACAUCAUUUCCCAGCAAGGCAGAGGAGGAAGAUCUGGACUCAGAAAAAGAAAAGCUGGUGGUGGGAGAGUUGGCAAGCACAAGAGCUACAUCAGCCCCAGUGACAAGUACAGCAGCAUCAUUUGAGAGUUCUGAAGGUUUUGAAUGGCCUUUGGGUACCCUUGGGACCUGCCUGAUGAUUGUGAUGGGGAUCAGCAUGUUGGCACACAUACAGAAUGUGUUUUGCCCACAAUCAUUUCAUCUGAUUUCAAGAGUUAAGCAGAGUCAGGUUUGGGUCUUGUCUGGGGAUGGACGACGAUAUGGGAAGACCAAGGGGUUUUACCCAAGGCUAGACAGUUAUGAGUGGCAGGGUGUGUGGGACAGUAUGGUGAAGAGUAAGGCACAGCCCAAGGUAGGGUACAUGUCUCCAUACUCCGAGGAACCACCAUCUCUGAAGCCAUUACCUACUGAUGUCCACCUACUGAUGUCCACAGGAGCAUUUCAGCUGACUUCAUCCUUGAAUAGGGGCCAUUCAGAACAAAGGGACCAAGAGGGUGGCAUCUCUGUGCCAUCCAAAGAGGCCGAGCACCAUGGCUGUUCCUAA